AUGUCUGCUCCUUCCGAAACGCAGCGACAGAAGAAUGCGAAGCUCGAUGCGGAAAAUCCUUCGACGGCCUCCUCUCCCUGGACAAUCCUAAUAGGCAUCUCUGGUCCGUCGUGUAGCGGCAAAACGACUCUCGCGAGGCUGCUAAAAGCUAUUUUCAACUUUUCCAUCACAGUACCUAGUGGUGAAGGAGGCGCAGACGAAGAAUGGAAGUUGAGUCUGUUUGUCUUGCAUCAAGAUGAUUUUUAUAAGACGGACAAAGACGUUCCCGUCAUCACGGUAACAUCGCCCGAGUACGGCACACGAGACCUUCAAGACUGGGAUUGCGUGGAAUCUCUGGACCUGCCUCUGCUUGAGAAGACGCUCCGGUACGUCCGCGCGCGUGGCUCCUUACCCCCGGACAUGGUGAGCAAAGAGGACCAAAAUGCCGUCGGGGCGAGCUGGGUCAGCGAUGAUGAAGUCCAGGUGAUGAAACAGGAGUUGGAAGCCUGGUUUGAAAAUUUUGUCAAGGACAACGUAGGCUGGAGAGAGACAACGAAAAGAGAGAUCCGGAUCUGCAUCCUCGACGGUUUUCUACUAUACCCUCCCGCGCCUGUCUCUCGUAUGGAGGAGCACUCAGAAUCGCUACAACCGCCAUCACGACCGUCGCGACAACCAAGGGAACGAGACUCCCAUUAUCCUCACCCUAGUUCACCUAAAGCACUAGACAAUCCUAGUUCUAGUAACCACUCCGACUCAGUCGCCUAUCUCUACUCGUCAUCCCCAGAACUCAACCACCUGUACACCCUCAGUCACAACCUCUUGCAUCCUCGCCUCUUCCUGUCCUCGACACGCGAGCAGACACUUGCUCGGCGCAUCGCGCGCACAGGCUACGUCACGCUCGAGAGUUUCUGGACGGACCCGCCCGGAUAUGUCGAGGACGUCGUCUGGCCUAACUACGCGCGCGAUCAUGCGUGGAUGUAUAAACGCGGAGACGUCGAGAGCGGCGUUUUUGAUGAGGAUCGGUGUCUGCAGGAAGGCGUGAUGCUGUUUCCGGGUCGUGGAUCGUGGGAGAUGAAGGCGUGUUUGGCUUGGGCGGUGGAUAGGGUGAGGGAUGCGGUAAGGGAGAAGGUGUCAAGCGAGUUGAUUGUCAUCGACGGCGAUUUCGGCUUCCACUUUGACUUAGACUUCGGUUUUGAUCUUAAUGGCAAUAUGGAUUCCGGACAUGAGUAG